UUGAACAUAUCCCGAAUCGGCCACACCAGCCUCUUUAAUACUUCCGAUGGUGAUGGGGUAAUCUUGGACAACCUUGCUAAUGGCAUCCAGGGGGACCUCAAUGACCUUAUCAGCGGUGUGGGUUCGGAUAUUGCUAAUGCUCUAGAUUUACCUGAUUUCUUCCUAAUAUAUCUCAUGGGAUAUUGCAGAGGUAUGUAUAAGCCUAAUGCAACAGCGUUGAGCCCGAAGAAGAUUGUUGGCUGCUCUAACCACGCAGCAUUAUUCCACUUUAGACCGACAGAGAUUAUUAAUUCUCAUCUUCCAAAUGUUAUCACGCUAGAAGGCCUUCAUUGGCCGACUGGAAUCGAGGAUAUAGAGCGUGCUCUCAAUGUUGCUAGCUCAGCGCAUUUC